AUGCUUCGAAUUGCCCGAAUUGCCCGACUCUCUGCCCGAGUUCCUUCUCAGGUCCGAAACCAGUCCACCGUCUCCUCUUUCUCUGAGUACCGAAAGCUGGCUGUCCAGAACGGUCCUCUCGCUCAGGUGCGACUGGCCUACCCCCGAUCUCUUUUUGCCGAGACCUACGAUGUCACUGGCGAGAAGAAGAACAACACUCAGAACGGCGUUGCCGAGUCCGCCUCUGAGAACAAGGAGUUUGAGGUUGUCGAGUCCACUGGAGCAUCUGCCUAA